AUGGCGUCUCAAGAUACCACGGAGGAUCGCUUCCAACAUCAUCUAGAAACUGUCCGAAUUUUGUUUGGCAGCAAGAUAGAUACAAUGGAAGCCUACACUACAAAAGUCUUUGAUAUCUGUAACGAGGCUCUAGCAUCAGGAAACAUACGACAUCCUCCCAUAACCCAUCGGAUUAAGAAAUGGGAGUCCGCUAAAGGAACUCUUCGGCGACGCCAGAAAGAACGAAUAGCUCGUCAACGCCUUCGAACUGCAGUUCAAUCAAAAGGUUGGGAUUGGCCGGGCUGGUGCCGGAUUUGGGGUCAAGAGCAAUGUGAGAAAGAGAUAGGAUCAUUUCAGGACCCUGGACAAAUUCUCGAUGCUUUACACGACUUCGGUGGCCUUCGCAUCUCGCUUUACUUUCCAGGAGAUGUAGAGCGAGUUAUAAGCCUACUAAGUAAUCGACUAGAAGUCAUCAGUAAAUGGCGCAAAGAUCAGGAUUCUGACAUUGCACAGAAGCUCGAAAAAUGCAUCGAGGUACUUGAUGGGCCUGGCGCUGCUGGAAAAGCAGUAGACCUCGUGAAGAGGGAGUUUCCAGGCUAUAGAGCGACCCACCUCAUUGUGAAACUCUUUACUAAGGACAUCCUACCUGCCAAAAGACCCCCUUGGAAUGACAUCAAAGUUGAAAUUCAAAUCGGGACUUUGAUAAUGCAUGUGUGGUCCGAAAUCGAGCACGACAUGUUGUAUAAGCCGCUUGCAUCACAAGAUCAAAAAAUUUCUCGCGAGGAAGAACAAGUAUUGGACAUUAUCAACGGCAUCGUGAUGACAGGUGAAGGGGCCCUAAGACAACUCGAAACAUGUAUGGAAAGACGGCAGGACCAACGGACAAAAGACAAAUCUGCGUUCGCGAUAAGUCAUUAUGAACUGGGUGUCUGGAUCGAAAAGUACUGUGCUGAACGUGCAAAACCGCUGGUUUCACAUGACUGGAAGAGCUUACCUGAACUUUAUGAAAUUCUGAAAACGACUGGCGAUCAUCAGCACUCCAAAGUUGAAUCAAUCAUUGAUGAAGUCUUCCAAGAUUUCCAAGAUCAAGAUGAAGAAGUCCGGCGCGAUAACAUCUCUCUGUUUAUUUUAAAAGUACUUUGUAAACGCAGUCCCGAGACCCAGCCUCCCUCCCUAGAACUUAAUGGUGCCGGGAUGCUGGGUCCUAUUGCCCAAUUCUGGGCUACGCAUUUUGUGCAUAGCCUCAAUAUGGCAAUCUACCUGGGCGUCGAAGACAAGUUCAUUUGCAUAGAUGGCACACCUAAGCCAUCAAUGACAACGAUGCUUGACAUCCUCCAUCCUUACGAUCCGUAUGUUUCACCAAUUCUCAACCCUCUUUGUUCUUGA